AUGGAGGUCAACACUGACCUGCCGUUCGACGACGACGGCAGCGUCAUUGGUCUGACCGAAGUCGAUCCCUCACCCGUCGACACACCGCCCGAAUACCGAGAAAAGAGCUAUUUCCCAGACCAAGAGCGGCCUGAGGGGGGAGAGACAGAGGAAAUGCGGGGGAUCAGACGGAUGAAUACUCUAGGACUUAGGUUAGGUGAAAGAGGACCUGCUUGGUGGCUCCUUCGCAUCCAAAAGUACUCGUCGUACACAUUCACCGCAUUUGCCGCCCUGCACAUAACAAACGUCUCCAUAAUACCGUUGGCUACCCGCUCCGUCGUCGAAAGUAACCGCUACCUUCUUCUGACCCGUCCAUACUACCAGUCUGCUCUAACAGAACCCCUGCUUGUUGCCCUGCCAUUGGCCGCACACAUUACGUCUGGAAUUGCGCUGAGGUUUUGGAGAAGACGGCAAGCGCUACUGCGAUAUGGCGCUGAGACACGGAGAGAAAAGCGCACCAUUCCCUGGCCGGUGCUCAGUGGGACGAGUGCCUUGGGGUAUGCGUUAAUACCCCUAGCUGGCUUUCACAUCUGGACAACGAGAAUAUUGCCAUUGUAUGCACACGGCGAUUCGUCGCUGAUAAGUCUUAACUACAUCUCACAUGGCUUUGCGCUGCAUCCUAAGGUUUCCUUUGCCGGCUUCACAGCCCUUGUGAGCGUCGGCGCAUGGCAUUUUGUCUGGGGUGCGGCCAAGUGGUUGGGCUUUGCACCAAGCCAAGUCAAGAAUACAGAAGAGAACAGAGCGCUGGUUAGGAAGAGGAGAUGGUACUCUAUCAACGGAAUCAGUGCUGCUCUGACUUUGCUGUGGCUGGGUGGCAGUCUUGGUGUUGUCGGCCUAGAGGGAACGAUGCCAGGAUGGGUGGGCAAGGAGUACGAUGAACUGUACAAAUACCUGCCGAUCAUUGGGAAAAGGUAA